AUGGCGGAGUCGAGUAGUGCAUCAGGGGGAGUGUCCCGGGUCAUUUCAUGGCAGUUUGACAUCGAUCGAUACUUGAACCCUUUUAUUCCAGCGCCGAGAUGGCACUGUAUACCCAGGCCUGUGGCCCAUUUUCUGGGACAUCGAGCUGAGCCACCCAAGCCGCUUGGAAACCUUGCCAUUGCCUUUUGGUCUCUCAUCGGUGCAUUCUGUGGUGUGGCCUUGGUGGCCUCUGUUUCUGAGCAUGUGCCAUCAUUUGAGGCUCGUGAUUCUCCGGCUAUUAUAGGCAGCUUUGGUGCUGCUGCCGUCCUUGAAUUCAGUGCCAUCGACUCGCCUUUUGCACAGCCACGAAACGCAUUCUUCAGCCAAAUGAUUGCCUGUUUGGUAGGCGUGAGCAUUUCAAAGCUCUUUGCUUUGAACCCCAACUCCGAGAACUAUACUUCCCUUGGAGGUGCCUUGUCCUGUGGACUGACCACUUUUCUCAUGGUUCUCACCAAUACUGUACACCCGCCGGCCGGUGCCACAUCGCUACUUGCCGUCACAAACCCCCAAGUUGUAGGGUUGGGCUGGUUCCUGUUCCCUGUGAUGAUGUUGGGCGCUACUUUGAUGCAGGUUGCGGCCUUGCUAAUCAACAAUAUCCACCGUCGGUUCCCAUUAUACUGGUGGACACCUCGUCCUCUCUCACGACCACAAAACCGAGAUGUUGAGCAACCUGAGAAAGAAGCUCCUUCUCUUCCUAGUCAGUAUGAGGACAGCUUGAAGGAACCUCGACAGCUGAUAGUGGGCCGAAGCGAAAUCUUGGUUCCGGAUGGAGUAUAUCUGACCGCAAGUGAGCGGAAAAUCUUGAAAGAGAUCCAAGAACGUGUGUAG